AUGCGUUCCGCAAUAGCAAUUAUUUUCUUCUAUAUUAACUUAAAUGUGAUUAUAGCAAAAAGCAACUGUUUUCAGAGAUUCAAAGAAGAUGGUGCAAGUUUUUGUUCAUGCGACCGUCCAUCAGACAACUUCACCUUAUCUACAUUCUCUUGUUGGGGAGCUCUGAUGUUCUGCUCUAUGGCAUGUCUCAAAGCUCCGGACUGCUUGGCAUACAAUUUCUGGAAUGCUACCAACCAGUGUCAACUAUUUAAUCAAACGUUGAAAAAGUAUUCUAUUCUUUCCGGAUGUCAACAUUAUAUAAAAAAAAGCCCUUCUCGUAUCAACACAAUUUUGACAAUUAGCGUAGACAAUGCUCUAAUUGGAUUUUACGUCAAUGGAAAGAACAUAUCCGUAGCAUUAAACUUUCCUCAUGCUAAUGACGUGACCACUGCUGAUACCUACAAUCUGUCUGCAACUCAGCUUCACGUUCUUGCAGUUUUGGCUCGCAACGAUGGAGGACCUAAUGGUUUAAUAAUUGGAUCAUCGGAUGAUUAUGUCCAGAGCAACAGUUCUUGGAAAUGCACUCCCAACGCAUACAAAGACUGGUACAAAAUAAAUUACAAUGACUCAUCAUGGCCUGCAGCUUCGGUAGUUCUUCCACCGAUAAUAGCCGCAAUCGUGACGGGAAUGGCUAAAUGGAUUAGUGGCCUUAGUAACUGCUCAGUGUGCGCUGCGGAUUUUUACUGCAGGAAAAACUUUAUAGCAAAUUUAAAUCGGCUGAUUUCCCUUAUUUUAAAUUAUUACACAUCAGAUAUCAUGCGUCAGGUCGUAAAGCUGGGUAAGCAAAUGUCAAUCGCUAACGACUUUCAAUACAGACCAACAUUGAAAACACUUCUGAUUAGCCUAUUAUUAAGUACAAGUUUUAAAGCUGGCUAA